UUUAUUGUUUACGAUUCUAGUCACAUUGCACAACAAUGGCACAUGGUGGAGAACUCCCAGAAGUGAAAUAUGAAUAUCUAGAUCACACAGCAGAUGUUCAUUGUACAGGGGGAGACAGCCUAUCGGAAGCAUUUGAGCAGUGUGCCACAUCCAUGUUUGGUUACAUGACAACUGAUUAUGAUAAGGUGGAAAUGACAGAGGAAAAAGAAGUGGAGGCUGAAGGAGAUGAUAUGAUGGGGUUGCUGUUCCACUUUUUAGAUGAGUGGCUGUUUGUCUUUUCAGCAGAUGAUUUUUUUAUACCUAGGAAAAUUGUAAUUACCGCAUUUGAUAAAGAAAAUUUCAAAAUAAAAUCUGUUGGGUAUGGGGAAGAAUUUGACAUACAGAAACACCCUCAGGGUACAGAAGUAAAAGCGAUUACCUACUCCAAUAUGCAGAUUUACGACAAAGAGGGACAACAUGAAGUGUUUGUUAUCAUUGACAUCUAAGUGCCAUGUGUGUGAAUUAAGUUUGUGUGUGUGGGUGUGAAAGGUUUGAACACCUGAGUGUUUUCUGUACAGAGGGGUAGCUGUUGGAAGACUUUGUAGACUGAAGACCUCUCUGUGGUGUUUUAUUAGAGAAACAGGAAAAUUGUUUUGUAUUUUAGUAUUUAUUUUACUGAAAAAUUAUAUUGAAGGAAGCAGUGACUGAUUAAAUUAAAAAGUGCAUAGCUUGAUGCAUGUACAUUGAGGAGAAAGUCGUGCCAGGACUCAAUGUUUAUAAAAUGUGAAUUAUUAACAAUGUUCUGUAAAAUGAAAGUGUAUGUGAAGCCUGUAUAAAUUCCCAUUCUCUGUUUUGGGACUUACUCAACGUUUUUCAAUAAUAUAAUAUAAUUUUUGGUGACAUUUCAUAUUCAAUUCACAUGCAUUCUAUCUUGUUUCUACAAAAAAUCUUGGGGUAUAUUACCUUGUCUGUUUUAGAGUAAGCAUACAUGUAUUUUGAUAGUUCCUGGUUGUUGCAAGUAAAAAUGUAGAUUCAGCUCCGAUAUAUAAAUGGUCAUUGCCGUAGUAAAGAAGAAAAGAAAACUCUUUGGAACAAUCUGGUAUUGAACCCAGGACCCUUGCAUUACUAGUUAGGUGACGUAACUACUGAGCUACCCAGGCCAAUAUAGAAUUUAAACCUAUUUUAGAAAUCAUACAAGAACACUUUAUAUCGAGGAGAUGAAAAAAUAAUUUUUGAGAAAAUGUCAGAAAGGCCGCAUAUGUCCUUAAAGAUAAAUUCAGAAAGUUCUAGUAUGUGAGAGGAUGCCAAGUAGUUCAUUCUACUGACCGAUGUGAACCACUUAUUGGAGGAAAAAUUAAACUUUUAAAAUUAUACAUAGAU